UCCACCCCACACCACCACCCCGCCCUCCUCCACCACCCUAACCCCUCCGCCCCCACACGCCUCCUCGCAUUCCCCCAAUGGCGGCCAUUACCACCACAACCGCGUCCUCCUCCUUCCUCCACCGCCGUAUCUCCUCGUCACCAGCAACAACCACCACCCCGCGUAGCCACCUGGUUCCCUUCCACGCGCGCAACCGGUGCCACCCCAGGUUCGCCUGCCGCGCCACCGAUGUGUCCGGGGCCGAGCCAUCGGCGCCUCCAGAGACCGGAGGGGGCAGCAGCUGGUUACCGGUGGUGCCGCUGGCGGCGCUCCCGCGGGGAGAGCGCCGUGUGAUCGUACAGGGCGGGGAGGAGAUCCUGCUUCUCUGGUACAAGGAUGAGGUAUUCGCCAUCGAGAACCGCUCCCCGGCCGAGGGCGCGUACACCGAGGGUCUCCUCAACGCCAAGCUCACGCAGGAUGGCUGCAUUGUUUGCCCAUCAACAGAUAGUACCUUUGAUCUUCGCACUGGAGAAAUAAAAGAGUGGUAUCCGAAAAACCCUGUUUUAAGGGCUCUGACACCUGUAUUGAGAAAACUAUUCGUGUACCCUGCAAAAACGGAUGGAGAAAAUAUAUACAUCAGCAUUAGGGGCGCUGCUAGCUCUGUAGGAUCAGCUGAGAUUCUGUUCAGCGGGAAAGCUCAACCAGGGAGUACUGCAUCUGAUGUCAACAUCGAAGAGGUGAGAAUGGUGGUCGAUGAAGGUGUAGGAGGUUUUGGUUUCACUGCUUACAAUGAACUGGUCAACGGAAAAGCUGCCAUAAUUGGCUUUCUAUUGUUGAUAGAUUUUGAACUUUUAACUGGUAAAGGCCUUCUCAAGGGGACUGGUCUAUUGGACUUCAUCUAUGCAAUUUCAAGAGCUUUCAGCUCGUAAAGAUGUUUUCUGUUUAGUGUGGAGUGUUAUCAAGGUUUAUUAACUCGAACCUGAAAGAAGUGUUCGAGUGAAUAAACCACUUCUUUCAGGUUCGAGUGAAUAACAAGAGAUUGCUGCUUGUUAUCAUGCAAGGAGUACAACAAUACUGUAUUAUUUCCGGUGUGAGGUUUAGUGGAGCAAUCUGAUUUCGAAGUAUUUAUGUAAAGCGCCUUCGAGUGCCAGGCCGGUUAUCUUGCCAGUUGAUCUACUACGUUAACCAAGGGGGCAAUGGUUGUGUGCAUCAUCGAUGCAGAAGCAGGGACGCAAUAAACUUUUCCACCAUCUAACACAAAAGUGCACAACAAUUUCAAUGUCAUCGUGAGGAAAUGUAGAGAGCACAUGCCCCAGGUUCAUUUCAGUGUGGAGUUCAACAAUGCUUAUGCUCUUCUAGAAAUGUAAAGAGCACAUGCCCCAGGUUCAUUUCAGUGUGGAGUUCAACAAUGCU